CCCUGCUUCUCCUGCUCUUCUCUCGUUCUCACGCGCAGCCGAAUCCGAGAAGCUUGGGAUCGCUUUCGCAUCAUGGCGUGAAACCCUAGAAACCCUAGCUCGUGAUCCUUCUCCAAUGGGAAACUGCUGCCGUUCUCCUUCCGCCGUUGCCCGGGAGGACGUCGAUGACGCCUCGUUUCACCCUCGCAAACCCCACUCCGCUGCCGCCAAGCACCGCCACCAUCCCCUCCGCAAUGGCGCCGGCGAUCCGAAGCUCAAGACCCUCACCGUUCUAUCCAGUGCCGAUACCGAAGGUGGCAUCGACGAGAAGUAUACCGUCGAUCGGGAGCUCGGCCGGGGCGAGUUUGGAGUCACGUAUCUCUGCGUAGAUAGAGCCACGAGGGAGCUUCUGGCUUGCAAGUCCAUCCCCAAGAGGAAGCUCCGCACGGCCGUGGAUGUGGAGGAUGUGCGACGAGAGGUGGCGAUCAUGAAACACCUGCCGCGCAGCCCAAGCAUUGUUUGCUUGCGGGAGGCGUGCGAGGAUGAGAAUGCUGUGCAUCUUGUUAUGGAGCUUUGCGAAGGGGGCGAGCUCUUCGAUCGGAUUGUGGCGAGAGGGCACUAUACUGAGCGCGCUGCUGCUGCUGUUACUAAGACGAUCGUUGAGGUUGUGCAGCUUUGUCAUCAGCAUGGUGUGAUUCAUAGGGAUCUCAAGCCGGAGAACUUCUUGUUUGCAGAUAAGAAGGAGAAUUCCCCUCUCAAAGCCAUUGACUUCGGGCUUUCGAUAUUCUUCAAACCUGGUGAAAGGUUUUCGGAAAUUGUUGGAAGCCCGUAUUAUAUGGCUCCGGAGGUUCUCAAGCGGAAUUAUGGACCUGAAAUAGACAUAUGGAGUGCUGGAGUCAUUUUAUAUAUCUUACUAAGUGGAGUUCCUCCUUUUUGGGCUGAAUCUGAACGGGGAGUUGCGCAGGCGAUUCUUCGAGGGCUUAUAGAUUUUAAUCGUGAACCAUGGCCUAGUGUGUCUGAAAGUGCUAAGGAUCUAAUCCAACAUAUGUUGGAACCUGAUCCAAAACUCAGGUUGACCGCAAAACAAGUGCUAGAGCAUCCUUGGCUUCAAAAUGCCAAAAAGGCACCAAAUGUUCCUCUCGGGGAUGUUGUUAAGUCAAGGCUAAAGCAGUUCUCAGUAAUGAACAGAUUCAAAAGGAGAGCUCUAAGGGUUAUUGCUGAUCACCUGUCCGCUGAAGAAGUUGAAGACAUAAAAGAAAUGUUCAAGUUGAUAGACACAGAUAAUGAUGGUAUUGUUUCGUGUGAGGAAUUGAAAACUGGACUUGUAAAACACGGUUCCCAACUUGCUGAAUCUGAAGUGCAGAUGCUCAUUGAAGCUGUAGAUAACCAAGGCAAAGGAGUAUUAGAUUAUGGAGAAUUCGUUGCAGUGUCCCUUCAUUUACAAAGAAUGGCAAAUGAUCAACAUCUCCGACGAGCUUUCUCAUACUUCGACAAAGAUGGUAAUGGUUACAUUGAGGCAGAUGAGCUCCGUGAAGCUUUGGUGGAAGAUGGAACUACUGAUGGCACUGAUGUAGUGAAUGAUAUUUUUCAAGAAGUCGACACCGACAAGGAUGGUAAGAUCAACUACGACGAAUUUGUGGCAAUGAUGAAGACCGGAACCGAUUGGCGAAAAGCUUCACGACAUUACUCAAGGGGAAGAUUCAACAGUCUCAGCGUCAGACUAAUGAAAGAUGGAUCACUAAAACAGGGUGGCGAGAGCUGAGUGAAUUGUGUGAAUGCCGAAGAUUCAGCAAUCCUUCGCAAUGACUUGAUCCUAGUUAUAUUAUUCUUUUAAUAUGAUCUUCUGAUUGUGUUGGUUGGUGGUGGCCAUUUGAUCAAGUGAUCCAUCGUUUUUAGUUUG